GAAAAUACAGAGUAUAAUUAAUUUGAGGGAAGUUUAGAAUAAUUGUUUUUUUAUUUCAAUAUGUGUAUGUCAUCAUUUUAAAAUACCAAGUAGGGAUUAAUUUAGUGUGAUGGAUACCCGGGAAUGGGGAUAUCCAGCCCAACAGGAAGACGGCCCAGCCCAACUUCGUCAAGGCCCACUUGACAGAACCAGGACAAAUGACCAGCAAAGAGCGCCUCGGCAGCACUGCGCACUCGGUCCCGGCAGGGUUGGUCAUCCUCGGAGCAACCACGGCCGGCCUUCCAUCCAGAGGCUUCCCGAAGGCAAGUCAGGCGCUCGGCCUCGGCCACGAGCAGCGGCAGACCGGACCUAGACGAGGGAGCUGGCUUAGGCUAGCACCCACCACCGCCAUCAUCCCCGGCUCCACCAUCGCCGUCAGCUCCGCCAAAAUUGACCCAGCCCCAACCACCGUCGCCGUCACCUCUACCACAAUUGACCCAGCCCCACCACAAUUGCCCCUUAGCUCCAACAGCAUUGGAAAUGAAUACAAUUUUGCCCCUGUCAAACGCGAGUUUAACGUCGUUAUGGCGGAAAACGGUCCCCCUGUAGUUAAGCAAUUCUCCUUCCCACUUAUCGCAAGGGCAUUUUUGAUUUUUCAUCCCAAUUUCGUUCUUGCCUUAUCAACUGCUCUUCUUCUCCCCAAAAUCAGCGCACCAUCUUCUCUCAUUCCGUUCAGAGUUUUCCUUAUUUACACAUGCCACCAGCAGUUUCUCUAUCUAAGAGUUGAGUCUGGGCAGUGUUCUUGUAACACUAUUCAUACUCGUCCUUCACCUUGCAAUUCCUUCUUGAUUUGUAUCUCGAUUCUCGAUAUUGUUGGAGCCUUGGAAUCGACUUCAACAUAGGCUUCCUCUUUGGAGUUCAAUUCGAUGCUCUUGGGGCCGGACUGGGCAUGAAUCGAAGGUUAACCUCUCGUAGUUACUUUUCAUCUUCGACUUUGAAGGUUUGAAUCAAUCUCAAUUCAAGCUCAAUUGAAGUCUAAUUUGUAGGGGAUUAUGAGUGAUUUGUGUUACUCUUUCAAGGUUUGAGGAUGGAAGUCAUUUUCAUUUGAACUUAGAUUUUUCCAUCUUAAUUUCAUUCUUACCUUAUCGGCUGCUCUUCUUCUCCACAAAAUCAGUACACGAUCUUCUUCAAUGUUUGGAUUCUGCGGCCAUCAUCAUCCCUCAAAUAACAAGCAUCCAUUAUCGCAAGAUCUAUUCCAAAAUUCAUCUUCAUUAUCCAUCACUGUCAAAGAAUAUAUCUGGUGGUUUUUCCAAAUCAGGUGGGAGACUUACAUGCAAGAGCUCCAAAACAUAAUAUACAACCUGAUGAAAGGGAACAAAUACCAUCAAGAUGCACCAAAUAGAACCCUCGCUGGUUAGUAAGAAUGGGUGGCUUAUGAACGUGUUAAUGUAGAAUUAGGGUUUGUAGCUGCUAAAAGAGCAUAAUCUAGAUGGAGAUGCAUACCAAACAGAUGAAAGUGUUGAUUUUAUUAUUACUGACACAUGGAAACCAGUGAAGAUGCUCAUGAGGAGGAAUCUUAAGGUCUACAAUAAGUUUGGUUAUAGCAUAUCUUAAACACUUGAUUUACCUUACUCAAGUAAUGUUGAACAAGGAUGUUGGGACCGACGUUCUUGAUAUUAAUCUUAGCAAUGCGAUGGUUUUUGGCUUAUUAGUUUUCCUUGGGGCUUAGUUGUUUUU